UCCCUUCCUAACCCUAGAUACGCCACUGUGAUUUAAAAAUGUUUCUGUGGUUUUGCGCAAGUCAGUGAUCUGAACAAAUAUUCGAAUUUUCACAUGAUUCUAGAUUUAUUUUAUUUUUAUCCCUAAUAAUUUCGAAAACCAUUUCCAAUAUGUCUUCAUUAACUGAUAAUGACGCUGAAUUACUACAGUCAUGGCUCGAUGAUAUGACAAAGCAGUUACAACAGUACAAAGAACCAAUCUUAGAGGAAGAAGUAGUAAAAGUUUUAAAAAUAGCUUGUGAUACUUUCAAGCAAGACGUCCAUGUUUUUGUUACUUCCAUUGAGGUGCUAGAGGAAUAUAUUAGACGAAAAGAUAAAACAUAUGAUGAGAUUCUCAUACUUGCAACGAGUAUUUUCAUAAGUAGCAAAUACACAGGAGAACAAAUCGAUUUGAAGGCUAAAUAUAUUGUUAAGUUUCUCCAGAGAAUAACAAAUGUACAGUAUAAUUUCAAAGAAGUUGUAGCUGCAGAAAUUGAAAUACUGAGAACUCUAGACGGUUCAUUACCAAUGUCUACCAUAGUAGAUGACAUCAAUACUAUAAUUGAAUUACAUGUGAGGGAAACUAGACUGAAAGCGAAUGUCCGACCACUAUGCCUAGAAAUAGUUCAACUAAUGUACCUCUGUCGAAAAACUUGGUUUGCUGAACUGAAGAGUAUAUACAGCCAAAAUGAGGAAUCAUUUUUAGUUUUGAAAUUUUUAAUGGGGUGUAGACUUUACUUACCUGUCGUUAUUUUAAUAACUUGCUUGCAUUUAACGAAUUAUAAAUAUAUUUUAGACAUAGGAUCUAUAAUUAGUGAUAUGACAUGUCUAACUAAGAUACACAGUGAUCACUUACGUGUAUGCGCUGGAAUUAUUAUAAACUUAAUUCAAAAUAAUAACUCCAACUAAAAUAUUACUUUUUUGGCUACGAAGUUCGAAGAGUUUUUUUUUAAU